AUAAAUAAAUGAAUACAUGUAGGCACACCACACUCUAUAUAUAUGACAUAUAUGUGCGUAUGCAUAGGUUAAAAGCAAGAAUCAUCAGCCAAUCAGAACAACGAAGGGGGAAAAGAGGCUGCAGCGCUUCAUAAGCUAUUUCUGUCACAGAAUAUACAGUGAUUAUAUUUGACGGUGAUCGUGAUUAUUUGACCACUCAGUGACAACAAUGUCCGUGAUUAUGGAUUGUUUUCAACAAUAACGGACGUAUGAAGUUUUAUCUCUGUUUCUUUAAGGCAAUUUGGUGAAUACCAUUUGACUCCACCUCGAUUUACACUUUUUUUCAUUACCUUCGCGUUUCUACGCUUUAUUAAUUAAAAUAAAACGCAAAAGAUAAUUUCCCCUCUGGGACAAUCAAUUGGCGUCUAUAAACAACUAACUGUCUUUAUCCUAUUCUUCCAAUACGCAUAUACGGGAAAAAGAAGUAAGGUUCUACUACGUUUUAUCUACUGGUCUCUUGGAAAAGAAGUUCAAUCCUUAAUUAAAAUCUAUAAAAGGAACUUAAGUCCGGUCUUUCAUCAGUGAUUUGUGAUGUACAAGUUCAGUGCCGAAAGAAAAAUUAUUACUUCUACAAUUAAUUUCGUACAUUCAAAAAGGAAAGGAAUUUUCAUACACCUGAGAAACAUGAACAGAAACUCAAUAAGUCUUCGAAAUCAUAUAAGUUUUUUGACAUUUCGUUUAUAUUGAAUUACUUGAUUGAGUUAUUGAAAAGUAAAUCAAGUUUGAUAUAACAGAAAAUUCAUCACGUUGAGAUGAUGAUACAGUACGAAUGAUCUAACGUCGUGCUGUGUUGAGAGGUGCACAAUAAGUCUCUAGUACAAAAUCACUGUUUUUACAUAACAAAGAAAACCAGUGCUGUCAUAAUGAAAUUGCUAGAGAGUACACGAUUUGAAGCUAUAAACAGUGCCUUGUUCAUUAAGACCGGAGAUAGCAAGAUAAUUGGAAGGAUUGAAAGUUAUUCUUGUAAGAUGGCAGGAAAUGAUAAACAACUGUACAAACGCUUCAACGCAGAGCAAGGAGUCACACCGCACGACCUUCAAGCUUUAUCACCACCACAAACAUCUUUGGGAACAUCACCCGCUCAAAGAUACUUUAGUCAUAGUGUUUCUGGUGACGAAGAUGGACCUUUAUGCGAUACAAUAAGCAGAAAAACAUUAUUCUAUCUGAUUGCAACUUUAAACUCAGCUUUUCAUCCUGAUUAUGAUUUUUCUGAUGCCAAGAGUCAUGAAUUUAGUAAAGAGCCAAGCUUACAGUGGGUAAUGAAUGCAGUUGAUAGUAAUCUUAGUGCAACUGCUGGGGAUCAUUAUCGUACUUUACGUUCCGCUCUUUGGGGUGCUAUUGAUGAUGAAAUAUCAUUGAGCGAAUGUGAUAUUUAUAGCUAUAAUCCAGACUUUGCAUCAGAUCCAUUUGGAGAAGAUGGAUGCCUGUGGUCUUUUAAUUAUUUCUUUUACAAUAAAAAAAUGAAACGUAUUGUCUUUUUCACGUGCAGGGCAAUUAAUCCCCUUUAUGUAUUAGAUUCCGGAAUAAGUAGUGACUUCGUGAUGGACGAAGAAGACGAAGAUCGUUACUAGAUCUUUUAUACAUGAUCACAAUUUACAACUGUUUAAACUUUACAUCUUUUCUUGAUAAUAGAUUAUCAACCUCUUGUCUUUAGAAUACCAAGAAAGAACCGUGGAACGGACUUCACGACAAAUAUAAGAGUAAUGAGCAAAGCUUUGUGGUAGGGAUAUUAGAAAUGAGCUAGCAUGUGCUAUACGGCGCUCUCUAUUCACCCCACCACAUAUUCCCAGAGCGCGCCAUAAAACUUUCAAAUUAUAGUAUUUUCUUAUUACUAGUAUUUUUUUUAUUUGGAUUAUAAAAUCUUAAAUAUUACUAAUAUUUAUAUAUACUAAUAUUAUGAAUUUAUACAAAUUCAUUGAGUCAUCUCGACACACACGAGUAUAAGAAAGCAUUAAAAAUAAAUAUUUAAAGGUAAUUAAAACAAUCAUAUUUAAUGUUUAAUUUAAAAAAAAAAUAAGUGCAUAAAAGCUGCACAGUAUUAUAUCAUUGCCUUUUAUAUAAACAACCACAGUAGCUCUACUCGUCCCAUCGUUAUUUUUGAUUCUUGCAAAUUAAACUAUAAGGCAAAAGGUUAAUUUCAUUUAUUUUUUUGUA